AUGCCCCAUAUCUAACAGACAGCGCUUUAAAAGGAGCAGUUUCCGACAGCUCCCGUUAUCAGAAUCAGGUGUCAGGAAUGCCAGUCCAAUUCCUGACAUUCCUACGUGAGCCCGGCUGUAGUAUAAAAGAGUGGAGAGGUGCUGCUGUGGCAUCCAACAUCCAAACAGCUACCAGGGAAAGACGCCAAAGAGCAUCGAACCAAUCAUCUCUACAUCCAUCCGCUGAUACAAGGAACUCAGAGAGAAACAUGCAUCUGUGCACCAUUCCUGUCUGCAGCCUCCUGCUCAUCUUAAACCUGCAGCUGAUCAGCUCAUAUCCAGUCAGCACCGGCUUGACUGACACUGACCUGGACAUCUUAAAGGUGAUCCUCAACAGACUGGAGGAGUCAGUAUCCGAACAGACCGAGGUAGACCAGAGAGUCUCUGCAGAGAGGGACAGUCUGGAUGGAGACGAGGCAGCAGCUGAUGUUCAGCAGCCUCAAAUCGACCUGGACGAGGAGAUGAUCAGAGAGUUUCUGUCUGCCAAGAAUCUGAAGAGCGUCCGCAACAACGACUCAUCCAAGAGGUCCUCUGGAUGCUUUGGCAGGCGGAUGGACCGGAUAGGAUCCAUGAGCUCUCUGGGCUGCAACACUGUCGGCAAAUACAAUCCAAAGUAAAGAUGAAGUCUUACCAUCUUAAUUGUGGAACUGCAACGUCUCUACCAAAGCAUAUUUUUAUUUCAAUGCUAUUUAUUUACUAAUAUUUAUUGAAUUAUAUUUGUG